AUGGCCUGUACCAACUCCUCUUCUUCUUCUUCUUCUUCUUCUUCUUCUUCUUCCUCCUCCAGCUCCUACCUAAAAACCUUCCAGACCCCUCUGCAAGUUUUCUCGACGAACAAGUCACAGUCUCCGUCUUCCUCAACCUUAAGUUACAUGAAGAUCAAAACCCUAAUCCACACUCUCAUUAUCUCCCACGUCUGUCGUAUGGUUCGAGCUCUGUCGAAAGCCAAAGCCAUUCUGGUUCAAGUUCUAAGAGAAAACAGACCGAGCAGACGCUACUCUUUUUACCCUAAAAAGGCGACGAAGAAGCAGAAAAAGAUAUUCUUCGGGUCGUUUAGGCUACACUAUAACUGGUGUUCUUCCCAUGUUCUUCCUGUUCCGGCCCCUGUUCUUGACGGAUCACUCUCUGCAACUCAUCUUUACUAUGACUGUAAUUGGAAUUCAGUUGUUUCAACUGAUCGUAGUCAUCAGCAAUGCGAAGAUGGAGGAGAGUCUCGUGAGCUUUCUGGGUAUCUUCAGUGGCUUGAAGAGAAGGUUAAUAACGGAGAUUGUACGGCGAAGGAGGAAGAUAAAAUGAACGAGAUUGAUCGGCUCGCUGACAUGUUUAUUGCAGACUGCCAUGAAAAAUUCAGACUGGAGAAGCAAGAAUCGUACAGGAGAUUUCAAGAAAUGCUGGCUAGAAGCAUGUGAUGUGAUCAGCAGAAAUGGUCCUUGUUUCAUGCAUGUCUGGUUUUUGUUGGCCUCUUCUUCUUCUUCUUCUUCCUUCGUCCUUUUCUUCUUCUUCUUUCUUUUUUCUUUCUUGUUAACUUCUUUCUUUCUCUUUUCUUGCUUUCCCGUUCUUCUAUGUUAACGGAUUACAUUGGUGGGGGUGAGGAAAGUUUACAGUCAAAA